GUGCUUCGUUGAACACUGGAUUGACACCAGGGCUGGGUUCAGUUACAGCAGGCACCAGCGGACCGUGGGUGAAGGAAGAACGUCAUCGAACCUUCCAAUCAGGUGUGACUCGAACAACCCAAUGGCUCUUGCAAAUCGAAGUCUUUACUUGCUUCACAAUAAUAAUUUCCCUUAAGCAUCGGACACUUUCUUGUAGCUGUCACUUCGACCAUCAUUUCACUUUUUUUUUUGAGCACGCGAUCUUCAGUCACUACGCCCCACCAUGACCGAAUCAAUAUCGAAAGAGUUCAAUAACCUCGACCUUAAGACCGAUGCAUCAGGCAUCAGCAACCUUGGUUUAGCCAGUAACAACAGCGAAGAUCUCGAUGCUACCGUUCAAGUCCUCAUUGAUCGCUGCAAAACGCUAUAUAAGGAGGUGGAAGCUUAUGUCGAAGCAGUCAUUGAACGACAGAAGAUUACCAGGGUCCAGCAUCCAGUUGAGUACCGCAACUUGCGCAACGACUUCAAAAAUGAACUCGCAUUUCUCAAGAAGAUUGCAAACACGCCCAUGGCCGAGCAGAAGAUUCGUCACUAUAUCGUUUCUUCGAACCUGACCUACUAUGAGGCACUAUGGGGCGCCGCCAAACGAUCAUGCGGCUUGCAAGCUUUUCGCAAAUACUACUUCUGGGACCGACACAAAGCGCCAGCUGGAAAACGCACGCUUCAAGGCCUUAGUCUUGGAAAGGGAGGCGUAGGCAAAUGGAAGACUGCAGCUCUGGUCGACAUCGUUGCGGAUGAAGGCAGAGAGUGGAUCCGCGUGUCGACCGUAUCCGAGAAACGGAUCAUCUUUGACCUCGCGAAGCUGGGGUGGGUUAACGACUCAGACUCAGACGACGACAUGCCUCAGGCGCGACCAAGCGAUUGGGAGGAUGAAGAUGACGAGGACCAGGUCGACGUUGUAAGGAAUGCACGCGAGCUUGCGCGAGCUGCGCGAGCCAAUCCCGUACGAGGGCGACCACCAAAAGUGCGCUUCGUGCUUACACGUAUCGUGGCUGGGAAGACAAAAGAAGUGGACGGCAUCAUUGCAAAGAUCCGGGCGACUAGUGCGAUCGUGCAAUGUUCUGAGGAUAUACCACCCACGCAGCCUCUACAGGCGGUUCUGAACAAUCUACUGGUGGACCAAACCCGCGCACUCUCCGAGAUACUAAACAUCGACUGCACCAUUCUGCUCGCUCUCAUCUCCGACAUCUCACACAAGCCCUGUCCGAUUCUCGAUUGGUAUCCUGACGAGGUCCAAACUCAGAUAAAGGAAGAAGCUGGCGAGAACCUGUUGCCGACCCAUCUAUAUCCUGCGAUCGGCUCGCACUCCAUGGUCUGCACACAGGAAGCCGCGGAUCAGAUGAAUCUGAUCGUGGACACGCUUGCCACUGACGAGGAAAAGCGGAGAGCUCAGUUGCUGAUUGCACAAGGGGACUGCCAGGGACGCCCGUCCGAGGAUCUUGUCGCAGAGUGGGCCUCCAUGUCCGAUCACCCAGUUCCAGCCGGCUUCACACUUCCUAUCCGCGUUAUACCGAGUAAUAUCGACACGGUCGCCACACGGCUACCUGCCGCUGCACGCAAACUCCAAGACGAGAUGAGUCGGUUGAACGCCUCUAUAUUCUUCUAUGGUUGGGCUGAGGGUAUCACCACGCUGAGCUCGAAUCGUGCGCGAGCCCGCCAGAUCGAAUACGCGAUCAACCAACACGGUCUUGAGGAUGGAGAGGCUGGUCCGCAUAUAUGGCUAUGCGGCGAGUCGAGAAGCCUGAUCGCGAAACACGGGCGCAGGCGGUAGGGACGUCCAAUGGGUGUGCGAGAGCAGUCUGACUUUGGCCAAGAUGAUCCAGACUGAUCGAGGCAUUCGUGGUUGCUCUGGAGCGAAGGGUAAGCCUCAUCUAAGUGUCA